ACGUGGGUGCUGUGUGUUUGUUGCAAAGAAAGUGAGGUGUUAAUAACUGUCAAAUUGAUUAUCAAUUCACAAAACUAUCAUAUGAGUUACAAGACGACUGAAUUGAAUAAACUUAUUAAUAAUGAAGAAUAAACCGACCCGUCAUAAGGAAUCAAACACCUUUAAGUUUAAGCCCUUCUCGGAGCGCAUAGCUGACAUAGAUGUUGAUGUAUUUCAUCGGGUAUCCCAUCGCAAUGAGGCGGAAAGUGAUGAGGUGGAAACACAUUUUUACCAAUGUCUCCACAAAUGGAGCGUUCUUAACCUCACAGAGAAUUAUACAAAUUUGAAAAAAGAACUUCGCGGCAUUGUCACGCUGCCACAACUGUUGAACAGCAAAGAACACGUUAUCGAUGCUCUUUUGAAAUAUCUCAGAUUGAAGGAUACUCUGUGUCUACAGCCGAUACUCGAAUUAGUAAUCGCUGCUGCACGAGAUCUUCAAAAAGAAUUCUAUGAGUACUUUCCUCAAUUCUUGACGGUGAUAAUAGAUUUGCUACAUACAAACGAUGCUGAGCAGCUGGAAUAUACUUUCACAGCAUUGGCUUACCUAUUUAAAUUCUUGUGGCGGUACUUGAUCAAGAAUGUCGAUGCUGUGUUUGAUCUGUUGUUACCAUUACUGGCUGAGUCAAAACCAACUUACAUCAAUGAUUUUGCUGCCGAAAGUUUUGCAUUUGUAGUAAGGAAAGUCAAAGAUAAGGAUGCAUUUUUAGAACUGCUAAUCAAUGCUUUGGAAAAAAGACCAGAUGGAGUAUCAGGGUGCGGAAAACUAUUAUUUCAAGUCAUCCAAGGAACGACUGGUCAGUUUCAUUCCUGCGCUGAACAAAUGUUGACGCUUUACAUUGGCAGCCUAAAAAAUGAGUCCAUAGAUAAGCAAAUGUUAUACAGCAUUCUUCAACAAGUUGUACAGUGCUUAGUCAACUCCAUACAUCCACAAAAAAGUGAGAUUUUUUGGAAUGUUUCUCUUCGAUUGGCGGAUCUGUUUUUAGAGAACUAUGAAAAAUCAAGUGGAGAUACGGAUGAAUUAAAAACGGAAAAAGAGAAUGCACUAUUCCUACUCCAUAGUUUAUUGUUAGAAGCCGUUAAUCAUAGAGAUGGACGAAUGCUUGUUCAUCCCAAUCAAUUGAUAAACGAGCUGGUCAAAGCACUCGAUUUCUUUGAAAAUAAGGAAACGACUGUAGGUGGUGACAAAGUAAUCGUGAAGGGCUUGGCUAAACUUUCUGGAUCAGUUCUUUUGGCUCAAAACGUAAAACUUACUCAGGAGUAUUCGAAUAAACUUGUACGAAAGAUAUUGGCCAUACGAGAUAUUGAGAUUUUGCUUUCAGUAGUGGAACAACUAAUUUCUUAUUCGUCAUUCGAAACAUUGGUAUUACCACAUUUCAUGACCUACAGUUUUCAGACUGGCUUCAACAGCGAUAUUUUGCGACUUUUUUCUAAAAUAAUCACUGUCAAAUCACCUCUUUGUCUUAAUGGUACAAAAUUGAAAGAAUGGACCAGAUACAAUUUGAAUAUCCGUAAUAUUCCAGGUGAAAGUUUAAAUCAUAUGCAAAAUAUUUUAACAGCUCUGAAUGAUAAUGCACCGACAGAAGAUUCACUGCGAUUGUUGAUAACGUUACCUCACUUGAGCCCUGUGCCGAAGAUUUGUGAAGAAACAUUGUUAGAAGCUACAAAAAAUAUUUAUGGAAAGUUGAAAACAUUCGUCGAUAUUAAUUCAGACCUGAAGCUUGACUUGUUAAGUUUCACUUUCCUCUUAGCGAUUGAAUCUGUUGCACACAUUCUACAGCCAAACGAAUUUUAUGAGUAUAUUACUAAACAUGACAUAAAUUUGUCUAUACUGAUAGAUAAGUAUUCGACGGUGAGAAGUAUACUUUGUGCUGUGGAUUUGUGCUUGUCGCACAUUGUCGAUUCAGAAAUUGGCAAUAAUCUGAUAAAUAUAGAUCUGUUUAAUUCACUAAAUGAAAGUUUGGCACCAUUAUUAGGAUCUCCGUACCAUAAAGACAGACUUGUGAUAGCCCACAUUUAUUCUUUGUUCAGUAAUGUUAAAGAUAUUUUGGCCACGAAUGAUCAAGGUGAUAAAAACUUCUUGGCAUUACCAUAUUUAGCUGAGGCUGAGCCGUCAACAGUCCAUUGUUAUAGAGAUAAAUUGCUACCUCUGCAAGGUCUUGCGUUUGAAAGAAUUCUACUAAGUAACUUUGAUUCAAAGUAUUUGAAAUUUCCUAUAUAUUGUCUGUUUGGAAAUUUGUAUGUAAAUUUUUCAUUGCUAUGGGAUCCAAUAAUGAAAUUAAUUGCAUCGUACGCGCACAAGCAAUGCGAUUCAUUUUGGCCAAUAUUUAUAUCAAAAUUGGAAAGUGCCAAGACACAAGGCGAAUCGGAAACCACCAGUUUGCUCACGUUUGAUUGUGACGUUACUUCCACGCUCUUGUUUCAAGUUUUUGAUAAUGAGGACAAACCUGAUUACAAUAACUACAGUUUACUUCUUUGGAAGUGUAUGUCAUUAUUUUCUGACUUUUGUGAAAUGAAAAAUAGGGAUUUGACUGGAAUAUUCAUUGAUUUCGUUGAGAGUAACUUUUUCAAAUCCAACAGCGAAGAUGCUAAAUCUUGGAGUAUUAAGAAACAUGAAGGUGAUAAUGAAUUGGCAAAUCAAAUUGUCCAGGAAACUGAAGAUGAUGAUGAAAUAGAGCAUGAGAAAGCCACCAAAAAUGAUUUAGCAACGAAUAAAAUAUCGUUUGACGGUAAACAUAAAAUCAAGCUUCUCUUGGCACAGAUGGAAAUAUUUUCAAAGGUAAAAAAUCCAAGAACUUUGUACCGAGAAGCCGAUAUGUAUAAAAUUUAUUUAGAAUUACUUGCCUCCAAAAAUAGUGAAGUUCAGAAAUCUGCUCUAAACUGUCUGUUCACUUACAAACACAAGUACCUGGUACCGUACAAGGAGCAUCUAUAUAAUCUAAUAGAUGAAAAAAGUUUGAAGAAUGAGUUAGCUUUGUUUAAAAUAGAUAAAGAAAGUAACAUGAUACAAGACGAUCACAGAGAAGCAUUGCUGCCGAUUCUUAUGAGGAUAAUAUAUGCUAAAAUGGUGAUGAGGACAGGAAUGAGAACCGGAGGAAAGGCUGGUGGUCUUGUUAGAAGAACUAUUGUACUACGAUUUCUGGCUGGAACUCAAGAAGACGAGAUGAUGACAUUCAUUAGCAUGGCCUUUAAGCUUUUUCAUAAAUAUGUACCGAUAGCUUCCGAAGAAGAACUCAAUUUGAAUGAAAUGGUGAGAGAUGUGGUUAAUAAUCUAGAUCUAUCCAACAUCAUUCCACCAAAACGACUACAAAGCUCCGUGAAUUUACUGGCAAUUGUAAUCGAACAAUUUGGUGGCAAAAUGUCGAGUAAAUUGCUACCUCGUUUGUUGGGGAUACUAAUUUGUAUACUAGCACAAGUAACUGGAAUAUCACACCGUUCGAACGACGUUCAUCCCGGAUACAUGUCUUCGAUAAGAAAUCUGCGUACCAGUUGUAUGAACAUACUAUCUAGGUUCUUUUCUCAUUAUGAAAGCUACGAAUGGACUGAAAGUGAAAUAGAUGCGCUGUUUGCUGUAGCAGUGUUUCCAUGGCUCGAAAAGUUACCAAUCGAAGGUAUCCACAGUCCAACGGCACUCUUGAAACUCUUCAUAGCUUGGAGCCAGAAUCCAAGGUACUAUCCCUUGUUCGCAAAACAUUUCGAAAAUAAUUUGACGCUGACACCGCUGCCAUAUGUUAUACAAUUAUUGUUGGGGCCUAAAACGCACGGUUCUGUGAUAAACGCGAUAUUGGAAAUGAUUGAGAAAAUGCUGACGCUGCAGGAUUACGGUGUAAUUGAUAAUAAUGUGAAUCAAAUGGACGUCGACGCAAAGUUUUUCCCAAUAAUAUUGAUCAAUAAUAUGCUGGAAGUCAAGCAAAAUAGCACCCGUUGUCGCACAGAUAAUAUCAAUUACGGAUCAGCUCUGCUACUGCCUCACGUACCGAAUAUAUUAGAAUAUAUAAAAAAGAAGUUAAACAAGAGUAACAAGGGAGUGAACAAAAUCGAACUGGUUGUAUUAUCGCGUAUAUCCGAAUUUGUUGAAGACUCCGAAACAUGCGAUACUCUGUUGACAUUGCUUCUGCCAAUUCUUGUUAAAAAAGCGACAACUGGUGCAAGUGAAGAGAUUGUCGUUCAGCUGGUUUCCACCAUCUUUAAUCUUAUGAAGAUCGUUGAACACCCAGAGAAGCACUUACGACUUAUUGUUCCGCUUACCGGUGCGAUUACAGCUGUAUCAGCUAGAAAAUCCUUGAUGCGAUUGUACAAUAUUAUAUCAGAAGGAUCGUCGGAACAACACCGUGAUCUUAUGAUACGCAACUGUAAACUGCUUGUCGAGUUGAACGCCUGGGACAGUAAAUGGAUCGAUCAACCAGAUUUUGAUAAAAGGCUAGAGGCGUUCAAGGAAGUAAACACGUUACUGGAGGAAGAUGCUCUCACACUUGAGUUUGGCGCGACAAUAAUAUACAAUUGCUUUUUCUUUUUGAAAACUGAGAAAGAUCUAGCACUGAGAGAUUUGUCAGGGCAGUGUUUAAAAACAAUUGCUCCGAAGUUGGUCAGAAAGUACAAGGACAGGCACUUAGAAAAGAAUUAUCUAAUCGAUGAAACCAUUUUGUCAAUUGUGCGGAUGGGCAUUCGGGAUAAAAAUGAAAUUGUACGCAAUCAGUCUAUUGCUCUUCUGGGCCAAUUAGCAAUGGAAUGUUCCGAUGUUCAUCCAGUGCUCCGAGAUCUUCAUCCGCUGAGUAAUAAGGCUGAUCCAGAAGUGGACGUUUUUGAAAACUUGCAACACUUGCAAUUACACAGAAAAGCACGAGCACUGCUCAAGUUUUGCUCCAUUGCAAAAACCUGGACGAGAUCUCCAAAUCCAAAAACAUUGACGCAAUUUAUACUACCUCUUGCGUCGUCCUACUUGUGCUCUGAAUCUUUUGUAAAUAAAAAUAGUAUCGUUGACGCUGCGAUCGAAACAGUCGGCACUGUGUGUAGACUGUUACCCUGGCAUCAGUACGAAGUUGUCCUCAAAUACUAUCUAGAUAAAUUGAGAUCUUCAGUUGAAUUUCAAAAACAAACAAUAAGAAUUGUUGUUGCGAUACUAGAUGCGUUCCAUUACAAUCUUUCAAAGUACAAGGAACCCGCAAGCUCUGUAAUCGCUAUAGUGAAUACAGAGGAUGUGAAAGAGCCGGAUCCAUUACCCAGUUACGACGAGGGUAGUGUGCUUGAUGGCAUUCCGGAUAUGGAUGAAAAGUUGGACGAAUCAUUGGCGGAUGAUGCGAAAAAUCUUGAUGAAUCGGAGCCGAAAAGUGGCAAUAAUUCACAGAUAAAUAUACCAGCAAUGCAAAGAGAGCUGUUUCUUUCACAAUUUGCUGCCAGAAGACUAGUAUUCGGCAUAUCGAAGGUCUUGUUGCCUCAGUUAAAUCGGUCAAUCAUGGCACGCACGCAACACGAGAACAGCCACAAGGUAAACAGGAAAAAGACUGGCUUCGAAAGGGAGGAAGAAGAAAUUAUGCGAGUGCCAAUUGCGCUUGCUGUUGUUAAACUACUUCAAAAGUUACCGCCAGGUGUACUGGAGGAAAAUUUACCUGGCAUCCUGAUGAAGUUGUGCACAUUUCUUAAGUCUCGGUUGGACUCUGUCAGACGUAUUACACGUGAAACUAUGCAAAAAAUAAUGAUAACUUUGGGGCCUGAAUAUCUGCGUCAUUUACUCAAAGAGAUGAACAACAUAUUGACAAAGGGUUUUCAAGUACACGUUCUUGUGUAUACCAUUCAUGCUGUACUUGUUUCGUUGAAACCAUACUACAAACCUCUUCAUAUUAACGAGAAUUUGCACAGCAUUUUAUCGGUAUGCAAGGUUGAUCUGUUUGGCCUAACUGGAGAAGAAAAAGAGAUCGCUGGUAUUGUAAAGAAUGUUUCCGAAGCGAAGUCAACUAAAAGUUUUGACAUCUUUCAUAUAUUAGCUCAAUUUAUAACCGAAUCAUGCUUACUCGAUCUGGUUAUGCCAUUGAAGAAUGCAUUAAUCAAAACACACUCCUACAAAAUUAUCCGUAAAGUAGUCGAGUGCUUGAGACAGGUAGUUUUGGGUCUGGCUGAUAAUACUUUCAUUGAAAUAAACAAAAUGCUAACAUUUCUCUAUGGCGUUAUAUCUGAAAGUAUACCUGAUCUCUUGCUUGCAACUAAACCUAAACAAGUAACUGAAAGAGAAGCUGAAAUAAAGGCACGCCAAAAGCCUGACUGUUUGAUCAUCGCACCUGAACCAAAGAAUAGAAUGGGUGUAAAAGCCCAGGCGAAAACUUCUAGCAAUGCCAAUGCUCACAUUAUGGUGGAGUUUGGCCUACGACUGUACCAUAUUCUGUUGAAACGAGAUCGCAUAUCAGCGCCGGAACUGAAAUCCUACUUGGACCCUGUCGUAUCCAUAUUAAGUGAUUGUUUAAAGUCUCAGCACGUCAAGCUGACUACGCUUGCCCUUCAAUGCCUGAAUUGGAUCCUAAAAACAGAUCUUCCAUCGGUAAAGACUUACAUUACAGAAAUUUGUUCUUCGAUGUUCAAUAUACUGCACAAAUAUGCUGCUGCUGGAUUAAGCAAAGGAGACAACUUCGAUCUUGUAACGGCAGCGUUUAAGUGCAUGUCUGUGCUUGUACGAGAUGUGAAAGACUUUACAAUAAAUUCAGAACAGUUGAAAAUACUUAUUCUCUACGCUGAACAAGAUUUACACGAUUACGAUAAGCAAGGAACUGCGUUUACUUUACUCAGGGCUAUACUAAGUCGAAAAUUAAUUGUCCCUGAGAUGCACGAUGUAAUGGAGAAAGUUGCCAAGCUGAGUGUAACGUCAGAAUUAGACCAUGUCCGGCAACAAGCACGUUCUAUAUUUCAUAUAUUCCUCAUGGAAUAUCCACUAGGAAAGUUCCUCGAAAAACAUCUUUCCUUUUACCUAACGCAGUUGAGUUAUGAAGUAAAGUCAGGAAGACUAAGCGCGUUGGAAAUGAUACAUGGCAUUAUCACAGGAUUUCCACUGACGGUUCUAUCGCAACACUCCGGUUUGUUCUUUUUGAUGAUCGGUGCAAGACUAGCGAAUGACGAAGAUCCGGAUUGCAGAAAACUCUGUGCCAAAUGUAUCAAGGAAAUGAUUAUUCGACUACCGCAUAACGAUAAGAACAAAUUAUUUGAUAUCAUACUCCUGUGGUUAAAGGAAGUUAAGGUUUCCCAUAGACGACUAGCAGCACAGCUUUGUGGUAUUUUCAUUACCGUGGAGAAACAGGAAUUUGAAUCACGUCUUGCCAAGCUGCUUCCACUUGUACUGAAACAGUUUAAUGAUACUGACUCUGAUGAUUCAGAACCAGGUCGAUUUGUGAGGAUAAAAAAACAGGACAUUUCAAAUUCAGACGAUUUUCGAAAGGAUAAAAAGAAACUUGGCGAUUCAGAACGAAUGAGAGACCACCACUUGUUCCAAGUUUUACAGAUGUUCUUAAAAUUAUCAUCCAAUUGUCCUAGUUUUUUGAAAGAUGAAAAAUACGAAGAUGCCGUGUGCAUAUUAGCUGCACACAGCCAAUCGUUACUGGCACAUCCUCAUCUGUGGGUUCGUUUAGCAGCAGCUCAGCUAAUUGGAUUUAUUUUGGCUGCUAUUGACGUUGAAAAAGUAGCUGAUGCUCUUGAAAACCCAGAGAGUUAUGCUGAUCAGAAAGGCUACAUUUAUUCGGACCCAGUUGCUACAAUGAAAAGCUUAGCUCUGGACUUGGCUGCACAGUUGCAACCAGAACUUGUAUUUGAAGAUCUAGCUGAUCAGGUGGUGAAAAACCUAAUAUUUGUUGCUCGAGCUUUAAAAUCUUUUCACAUUAGAGGCGGGAAAAAACCUGACAAUCAUUCUUCCACCUCAGAAAGUGAUGGCGACAGAAUAUCACUUUUUUGGCUUGUCAAGAGAAUGCGAAAAAUUGUAAAUGUGGAAGUUACUCAGUCACCCAAAUCUACCGCCAUGAGAACUGCAGUAUUCAAGUGGACCGCAGGGGUAGUAGCAACUAUAUCUGUGGAAAAUUUGAAUCCAGUAUUGUUUCAUUUGAUGUCACCGCUGGUUAGAGAAAUGACCACAACUGAGGAAAGCAAUGCUCCAUUACGUCAUUUGGCUAAAGACGUUGCAACAAUGAUAAAGAAAAGUUUAGGAAGUGAAGAGUAUAUGAAACUAUUGAGCAAAGUUCAACAAAAAUUGGACACCAAAAGAGCUGAGCAAAAGAAAUCGCGAACACAAGAAUUUAUUACGGACCCGGAAUUAGCCGCCAAGCGAAAAAUUGCAAGACAGCAAAAGAAAAAGGAGGCAAAAAAACGGAAAAUGGAAACUAUGAAGGGUCGGAAAUCGUUUGGAAAAAAACCACGAAGGGAAGUCAAUUUUGAUGCUUCGUAGUGUAUAUACCGUGAUCUUGUAAAUAAGUAAAUUAUCCAUUUUUUUUUUCUUUUGUAAAGAAAAUAUGUAUAUAUCACACAUCGGUGCAUUGAAUCUUUGUAAAACUUGCAUGUUUAAUGCUGAACCAUUCUGGAUGACAAAAAAAUUGAGGUAAAUCGAGAUAUUGACUGAUAUUUAAAAAUGAUAACUACCAACUUUCACAAAUUGUAACCUCUUUCUAUAUCUAGUAGGCAGAUUAUAGGUAAUAGGAGACUCGCAUUGACCAACAAAUCAUGUUCAGCCAUGUAUGCUAAUUUUCUGAUUCGUUCAUCUGCGUCGCAGGUCAGUGUCACAUUCCCAAAAGUUUUACGUGACAAAAGACUACCGGUAAGAUAAGGAACAAAGCCAGAGAAUUGUGAUGUUCAUAAAUCAUUAGCUAAUUUUAUUUCUUCAUUCUUUUAUUCUUAUGGCAUUGGUCAUCAAAUCACUGAUUUACGACUGUUACAUUCGCUGAGGAAAGAUAAACAGAAUUCGAAAAUAGAAAUCUGACAACGACCUCAUUCUAAUAAGCGUUACAGUUGCUGUUCAGUUUUUAUCCCUUAUAUUAUUAAAAUUUUCAUAUCCACUUUUCACCAAAUACUUGCACAAUUCAUAUGUGACGUAUAAAACCUUCACAGAAAUCUGACUGAGACCUCCGUAACAACGAGGCAGUUAAGCGUUAUUAUUGGUGAAUUAAAGUACACGGAAAAAAGAACUACAUAAUUUAUUUAAUAAAAAAUAUAUUUGGAAGAUUCUGAUAGCGUAUGAGUGGUAAAUAUUAUUCUUGGCUACUAAAAGAAAAUACAUGAUAUAGAAUACGAGCCAAGAGACUAAAUACUCAUCAUGCCUAUUUUUUUAUGUAUCGUCUGUAUGGCUCGUAUUCCAUUAUAUUCAACAGACAAUACAGUAUAAUAUCUUAUUCUCCUUUUUAACCAGGCUAUACGUUGAGUAUAACUGAUACGUAUGUAAGUGGUUGACAUGAAGCAAUUUUAUUACCGUUUGUAAAUAACGUUAAUUUAAAGAUGGAAAGAAAAUUGAUUUACUUCCUACAGUUUUAUUUAUAUACGUCGUAUAAGUAUAUCUGUGAAGUUACGU